UGACCCGGACGUGGCACCGACUGGAAUGGUCAGAGGCGAAGUGCGUUUACAUGAAGCGGCAAGACAGAACGACCCUGAAUCAGCCAAACGUCUCAUCUGCGAGGAUAAAGUGGAUAUCAACUGUCGGAAUAACUUAGACCGAACCGCCCUGCAUGUAGCGUCAGCACAGGGCAACAUUGAGGUUAUGGACGUAUUGUUGCACCACAAGAGUGAUAUUGAAGCCCAAGAUAGGUAUGGAAUGCGCUCCCUUCUAUGGGCUGCCUUGUUUGGGUGCAAGGCUGCUGUUCAGUUGCUCGUAGCCAACGGAUGUAAUACUCAGGUAUCAAACAGGCAAGGAAUGAACAUUCUACACUGCGCCGCACAGAACAAUCAUGUUGCCGUAAUGGACUUCGUUUUUGAAGCGCUCGAAAACGUAAACCCUGACGAGGUUGACAAGAAUGAGCGAACGCCGCUCUACGUAGCAACGGCACAUGGAAAUCUAGAGGCAACCAACCGACUUCUGCAAGUGAGAGCUAACAUUCACAUUAAAAAUAAGAAUGGAAAUACUGCGUUGCACUUGGCAGCCGAGAACAACCAUCCACGUAUAGUCACCGUGCUUAUUGAACACGGUUGUGAACUUAACCCUCAGAACUGGAGAGAUCAAAUUCCACUCCAUCUUGCCGUCGAAAAGGGACAUACUAUGGUGGUCGAAGCCUUACUGAAAACGGGCGUGAACGUUGAUGCCAAAGAAAAGAAUGGCAGAAGCUCGUUAUACAUCGCAGCGAGGGGAAGCUUCGUAGCUAUAGUUGAUAUGCUCAUCAAAGCAGAACGCGACUCCGAUGCCAAAUUGCACGAUAACAACAAGCCAGGCUGGUUCCCGCAGGAGGGCGUGGCAAACAAUUGUCUCCACAACGUGGACUAUACUGAUGUAGAGGCAAUGCAAUCGAUCCUCUGGAAGCUAGCUACCAAGCAUCUGCAUCCCCACGACUGGAAGCAACUUGCAUUCCACUGGAAUUUCACCGAAGAACAAAUAAAAGCAAUAGCGCAUCAAUACACUGGAAACAAAAGCUACAAGGAGCACGGUUACAGGAUGAUGUUGGUGUGGCUGCAUGGCGUCAAGCCGGAGGACAACCCUCUGAAGCUCAUAUUUGAAGCUCUGGUUGCUAUCGACAGAAAAGAAGCAGCAGAGCACAUACGAAAGAAACCAAACGACCAAGCAAGUGGACAGCAGUUUGAAUGCGUACCUAGUUUAUGCUGUAUCCUAUGACAUCGGCGGAAAUGAUUAUAACUUUAACUAUGAUCUACAUAAACAAUCCAGAUUGGUGCCAAAAAACUUUUAAAGUAUGUAGGGCAAAACCGUAGCUGGUAAGACAAAAGUCGAUGGACGAGGAAUAUGAUAUAGAUUAUAUCUAAGCUCUUCCGGUUGGAAUGCGGGUAAGUCAAAUAACGUACCUAAAAGAGAUGAUGAUUUAUACCACCUGUUCAUAUCCGGUAUUUAGUGCGGUAGAAAUUCAGUUAUAAACGCGUUCAACCAAGCCAUAUAUACUUCGAUUAAUUCAAAUGAUGGUUCCGUAAAAAUAAUAUUCCAUGAACUCCAUGCGUUACCAGUAGCUUCUAUAUGAUCGUGCCUUUAAUAUUAGAUUGUCUCUGACGCACACAUAUAUCUCUAGCAAGAGCACAUAAUACUAUAU